AUGGCGGACGAAAACAAGCCCCCCGUCACCAAGGUCGAGGUGGUGUCACCAAAGGACACCUCCGGCAUCAGUGAUGGGCCCGUCGCAUCGCUGCGAAGCUCGCUCGAGGCGCGCGCGGAUCCGGACGCGCAAAACACCGUCACCGACUUUAUCGAUUUUACAGAGUACCUACCGGCCGACAUUGUCCGGUCCCUCACCCUCAUCGCAUGGGCUCGGUUGCCCUCGAUACCGGCACGUGAGCGUCCGGUACCACUUCAACUUCGUGCGGAUAUUUCAAAACAUAUCAGGCACGCUGUCGAUUCGCGCACAUUUGCGCAUACCGAGGCAGUCCGCAUGUCCGAGAACGUGAACCGCCAUUACUUCAAGGCCAAACUCCUCCUCGAAAAGCUGCAGACUAUGAUGGAGAAUUAUCCCGCCGAAGACGAAAAGAGCCCGGCAGAGGCCAAAUCACCGCAAAUGACCCGCGCCAAGAUCACGGCUCGCCCAACCGGGGAGGAUGGCAAGAAGAUUAGUCGGCGCAGAGUGCCCAGGAUUACGGUUCCUGGCGAAGUUCUCGCGCCGUACGACAUCGAAUACGAUACUUUCUCGGACGACAGCGACAUUAGCACCGAUGAAGAGUCCGAUGCGGCCACCAACCGCAGAACACCCGGCCCGCCCAAGAUCAAGCUCAUCACCAGCAGAGGAGUGCCAAAGACUAUAAGUCGGCCCGUGCGAUCACUUUCAUAUCCUUCUGCAGCACUGACUGCCGCUGCUGCCGCGAAUGCUGCUGCCUUGCUCAAUCCUCCGCCACAGAACGCAGUUGCUGGCAGUAAGGAUGCGCCCUGGCUACAGCUUACCCAGUACGAAUUGGCUGUGCUUAGAAAGCGCAUGAAAAAGAACGCUGCGUGGGCUCCCAGUGAGACCAUGAUUGCCAGAGAGCUCAAAUCUCUCGGCCGUGGACCAGAAGCCUACCGGGAGGCCAAGAAAACGGCUGAGGACGAAGGACGUACAUUCGACGCGCAAGUCCCAACUCUGGUGACCGAUGACGAGUCUGGCUCGCAGCAGUUACCCGCUGGCGCUAUUAGUGCUGAUCUGCUCGAUUCCACCGAUAUCCCCACUAGCAACAAGGGAAUGAAGUUGAACGAGGCUAAAAAGCUGAAGCGGGAGGCUUUGGCGAAGCAGGCCGCCGAAGAGGCGGAAGAAUCGGAGCGGAAGAUGCGGGAGGCUGCCCAAAUGUUCCUCCAAACUGAUAAAUCCAGCGGUGAAAGGAAUCAGCAAGCCAGUAAGUCGCGGUCAGGCUCACGAAGUCAGCCAAAGCGCAAGCGCGAUGGCGAUAUCGAAGACGACAAAGCCACGCCCGUACCCACAGAGACGCCACGCAACACCAAGCGCACAAAGAUUGAGACACCCGUGCUGCCACCAAGGCACCCGAGCUUCAAUAACGAAACAUCUGCCACCUCAAGCGUCGCUACGCCUGCGAGCAGUGCCCCUCCGCCGACUACACAGACACCUGUUCCAAUCCCCAUAUAUACCAGAUCAGCGUCUGCGGCAUCACCUGCAGACCAUAGCACGCCUACGAUAACUACUUCAAUACCAGUGAAGCCUCCGGCGCAAACGCCUGUGCCUCUUCCUAAAACAGAACAGAGACAUACUAUUACGCCAGUCUAUCCACCGGUGCGAGACAUGCUUUCUCGGGAAGCUAAAAAGACACAACUCGCAACCCCACAGCCUGAGCUAGGCCCUCGGCGAUCAGUGUCGCGAGGGCUCACACCGGGUGCAGAGCCAAAUCGGCGUCCUGGAUCGCGGGGCAAGGCUAUGAGUCAAGAGCCGCCUACCCUGGCUUCGGACCGCCCGCGCCGAGCAAGCACCACGAGAAACACACCAGUGCCGGAGGCUAAGCCACCGGUGCGCCGCACGAAACGUCCUGCUCCUGGCAUAGUAAGCACCACUAGCAGCGGCGGUAACAGCGCCGUUGGCAAGCGGAAAGCCGCGCCCAAGAAGAAGGCUCGCAAGAUCAAGAUCGGCACUACUGAGACUGACAUGGAGUAUGAGAUGGAGGAGGUGGACGACGAGGGGAAACCCAUCGAUCCCAGUGAGCCACGGUACUGCAUCUGCAAUGGAGUCAGCUUUGGUACCAUGAUCCAAUGCGACAAUUCCGAGAAUUGUAAAUACGAGUGGUUUCACCUAGAGUGUGUUGACCUCACAGAUAUCCCUGCGCGCACAACCAAAUGGUACUGCCCCGACUGUCGCAGGGUCCUCAACAUUGGUGAAAAGGGCGAAGUGAGCGCACGUGGCGUCAAGAAAUAG